AUGGCGCAACAAUUUCAGCAACUCCAACUUCCAGAUGGACGCAAUCUGGAUUAUUGCGUUAAUGGGCCUGAAGAUGGAAUUCCACUAAUUUUCAUCCAUGGAACACCUAGUGCAGGUAUACCGGAGCCAAAUCUUGUCAGUGUCUGCGCAAAGAAAGGGAUAAAAGUCAUCGGAUUCUCAAGAGCUGGCUAUGGAGGCUCAACAAGGAAUAAAGGACGACAGGUUGUCGAUAGUGUAGCUGAUGUCAAGUCCCUGCUUGAUCAUUUGCAUGCGAAGAAGUGUUUUGUCGCUGGAUGGAGUGGCGAAGGCCCCCAUGCUCUUGCCUGUGCAGCUCGACUGCCUGGCUGUCUCGCUGUUAUAUCCUUCGCCGGAUGUGCUCCCUACAACAUAGAAGGACUGGAUUGGCUUGCCGGGCAAGGCGAGGACAAUAUCGAGGAAUUCAACAAAGCACUUGAAGGAGAAUCCCAACUCCGUCAGUUCUGCGAAGGCCAUCGCAAGGAGUAUCUCGCCUCUGAUUUAGACGGAGUCAUGCAAGUAAUGUCCACCCUCCUCCCGGCAUGCGACAAUGCCACUUUGAUCCAAAAUAGAGACACAAUCGGUCAGAAUAUGGUGGAUGCAUUACAUGAAGGUCUCAGACUUAGUGCGGACGGUUGGAUUGAUGAUGACAUAGAAAUGCUGAAACCUUGGGGGUUUGAGUUGAGUGAAGUUCGAGUGCCUGUUUUGCUGUAUCAGGGCACUGAGGAUAAAAUGGUGCCUUUUGCGCAGGGGAAAUGGCUUUCGGAGCAUUUGCCGCAGGAUAAAGUCAAGCCCCAUCUUCUUGAGGGGCAUGGGCAUAUCUCCAUUUUCGAUGGUAUUGAUGGGAUUAUAGAUGAGCUUGUAGCCGUGAACUUAUAA